AUGAAAGUUUUAAUUACAAACGAUGACGGCCCAUUGAAUGAUAUAUUUUCUCCUUAUAUUAGACCUUUUAUUCAAUAUUUGAAAAAGUGCCAUCCUGAGUGGGAAAUAACUGUUUGUGUACCAGAUACUCAGAAAUCAUGGAUUGGUAAAGCUCAUUUAGCUGGUAGAAAAUUAUCUGCACAAUUUUUAUAUUCCGAUGUUAAUGCGAAUGACAAUUCUUACAGGGGACCUUAUAACUUACCACAAUAUUCUUGCACAGACUCUUUAUUACCUCGUGAAUCAACUAAACCAUUACCAAAAGAUACAAUAGAAUGGGUUUUAAUAAACGGAACUCCAGCAUCAUGCGCUAACAUUGGCUUAUAUAAAUUAUGCUUAAAGAAAUUUGAUUUAUUGAUAUCUGGCCCCAAUGUUGGUAAAAAUACAUCUGCUGCAUAUAUUACUUCAAGUGGAACUGUUGGUGCCGCAUUGGAAUCUGUAAUAUGUUCUGAUACUAAGGCUAUUGCUAUAUCUUGGGCAUAUUAUAAUGGUGUUCAAGUAGUAGACUCAGCUGUGAUGGAAAUUGCUUCUGCUCGUUCCAUUGAAGUGCUUCAAUAUUUGCUAAGCAACUGGGACCAGAACUAUGAUUUGUAUUCAAUUAAUAUUCCACUUACUCAUGAAUUGAAUUUUGAUACCAAAGUGAAGUACGCUCCAAUUUGGGAGAAUAGAUGGACUUGUAUGUAUGAAGGUCCAAUAUAUAACAUUGGUAAAACACAAGAUAUCCAAGAUGGUUCCAAAUCAGAAGCAAUCACGUUUAAUUGGUCUCCAAAUUUUGAUUUACAUGAAAACUCAAGGCAUUCAAUCAAGGAUAGUGAAUAUGAUAUGCAUUUAAUCGAUAGAAAAUUAAUCUGCGUAACUCCAAUUAGAGCAGUAUUCCAUUCAUUUGAUAAAACUUCUGAAUAUUUUGAUAAAGAAAUUAUUAUUCCUAGAGAUGAUAUAGUUUUAAAUAAGAAAGUAAAUGGAAACAAACAACUCUUGUCUGUUGUUAGUAUCCCAAAGACAGAAUACAUUUAUAAUCCAUUACUAAAUGCCUUGAAAAGAUAUUUACCAAAUGUUGAUUUUCAAUCCGAAUUAUCAAAAGAGUCUAUUAAAAGUACUUCUAAGAUUUUUCACUAUGGGGAUUAUGAACAAUUAGAUAUGGCAAGAUUAUUAUCUGAACCUAAUAAUUAUUAUGCAAAUUCAUACAUCUACCGAAAGGCUUUAAUUAGAAAGCAUUAUUUGGCUGAUACUAUUAAAAAUUACAUCGUUAAACAUCCUGAAUCUAUAUUAGUUCAGUCAUUUUUGGAAUCAUUUAUCUUAGAUCUGGAUUACGCUGAAUUUCUAGAUGAUUCGUUGGAUGAAAAUUGGGAAUUAAGACAAGAAUUGGAAAAUAUCGAAUCUAAAAAAUGGUGGAUUGUAAAGCCAAGUAUGAGUGAUAAAGGUCAAGGUAUUAGAGUUUUUAAAACCAUUGAAGAUUUACAAUCUAUUUUUGAUUCAUUUGAUGAUGAACCCGAUGAAAAUGUCGAUGAAAAUGAUAAUGAAAAUAAGAUUAUUAUAUCGCAGUUACGCCAUUUUAUCGUUCAAGAAUACUUGAAGAAUCCUUUAUUAUUACCAUCGAUGAAUAAUAAGAAAUUCCAUAUUAGAUGUUAUAUCACGUGUAAGAGUGACUUACAAGUCUUUGUAUACGACAGAAUGCUUGCAUUAUUUGCACCAACUCCAUUCAAGAAAUUAGACGAAGAAUCAUACACUGCCACUAACCAUCAAGACUUGGAAUGCCAUUUAACAAAUACAUGUUUACAAGAGGGGAAUGGUAAAGAAUUAUCUGUUAUGGAAUUCAAUAAUUUAAAGGACAUAUCUACCGAAACAAAAAAAAAAUACAUUGAUCAAAUUCAUGAAAUAGCACAUGACUUAUUCCUUGCUGCUGCAACAGUAAACAGAAUAAAUUUUCAACCUUUACCAAACGCUUUUGAAACAUAUGGUGUUGAUUUAUUGGUGGAUUCAGAUUACAAUGUCAAAAUAUUGGAAGUUAACGCGUAUCCAGAUUUUAAACAAACUGGUGACGAAUUAAAGGGAUUAAUUGAUCAAUUGUUCGACAAUACUGUCAAGUUCUGUGUCUUACCAUUUUUCAACAAGAGUUUCAAUGUUCUCCCAGAUGCUAAGUCUUCUUUUACCAAAGUAUUGGACCAUACAUCUAAUAGUUGGUAG